UCUCGCUCUUGCCUUCCCCCUGACCACCACGCAGUACCAUCGGAGGCAGUCUCGACGAAUCCAACUCCUCUUUCGAGGCACUUGGGGGCACAAUCGGCGAUUAUUGAUUGUUGCCUGACAUCUUCCUCUCCUUCCUCUUUUCACUCUCAGGUUCUACUGCUUGUUUGUUCAAAAUGCACGUCGACUUAUAACCAGCCGUUGCUCUUCGCAACUUCUCUUUUUCUUGAUAUCUGUUCCAUCAGCAAGCGAGCGUCUCUGAUCUUCUUUCUUCACCUCGGAAGUUUCCGAAAUCUCUCACGACAUUGUGUCAUCCUAAAAGUCUUCCAUCACUCUUCGUUACCAUGGCUCCCAACCUCUUUCUCUGUCUGCGCAAGGUGUUCUGUCCCACCUACUGGUUCCAGCGUGGGGAACGCAUCCAAGGAUCGAUCCACAAAGAGGAACAUUGGGAUAGUCCAGUUCCUGGCAUCUACAAGUACAUCCCGGGUCGAGGAUGGCAUCUCAUCUACAAGGACGGCAAUGACACCGACGAAAAGGUGCCUGUUCCGCUUGUCUACUGCCGGAUCCUCCACCGGUACAUCUUUGAACACGAAAUGGAGGAUCGUUGUCGCUGGCACUCGGUGGAAACCACCGAGGGGGCCAAGCCGGAAGAGUUCAUGUUCUUCCUCCUUGACGACGGAUUCACCUGGGUUGCCGGAUGGGAUGCUAAGGGCAAAUUCAUUGCCGGUCCCUACCAGAAAUGGCACUAUGAUGCGGAAGCGAACACCAUGCGCCGGGUGUUGUUCCCCGAGAGCUCGAAUGUCUCCCGGGCGAGCGUCCUCCCGAACAAGUCGACUUGAUCCUGCAUGAACCAAAAAUUUCUUUUCGCUGUCGACAUGCGCACGUCCGACUCUACGAUGCUUUUCUGUAGCUGGCCUCUACAGAACAUGCGUUGGCUGUCCACGAGCGAAUACGACUGCUACUGUGCGAUUGCUAUGUGGGCUAGCGUUUCAGCGUGGUGCCCUUGUCGCUUCAUUUAUUUCUCUUCCUUUCUUUGUCUUUGCAUUUUCAUGAUGAUAUUCGCAUAUGAGCCUGUAAUGCUGGGAUGAAUCUGCUUUUCUGCAGUGACCUUGUUUACACAGCGACGACGGCGUUUGGGUCGAGGUCAUAGAAAACCGGAUAGACUUUGCGAUCAAGCGAUUUUAUCAGGUUUUAGCGAUACUUGUUUUUCUUCCUGUCCGUUGUACUUAUCUAUCUGUACGCUUAUCUUUCGGGUGGUUGCUUUUUCGGCGAACAAUACCAUGGAAUGAAAGGAUUGUCUAUUUUUACCCUAAUUUGGGCGUCAGUAUUUGUCACAG